AUGGCCUUGUUGGGGAAGCGCUGCGACAUUCCCACCAACGGCUGCGGGCCCGACCGCUGGAGCUCCGCCUUCACCCGCAAAGACGAGAUCAUCACCAGCCUCGUGUCUGCCUUAGAUUCCAUGUGCUCGGCGCUCUCCAAGCUGAAUGCGGAGGUGGCCUGUGUUGCUGUGCACGAUGAGAGCGCCUUCGUGGUGGGCACCGAGAAGGGGAGGAUGUUCCUGAGCACACGGAAGGAGCUGCAAUCAGACUUCCUCAGGUUCUGCCGAGGGGCCCCAUGGAAGGAGCCGGAGGCAGAGCAUCCCAAGAAGGUGCCGCGGGGCGAGGGUGGCGGCCGGAACGUCCCUCGGUCUUCCCUGGAGCACGGCUCGGACGUGUACCUUCUGCGGAAGAUGGUAGAGGAGGUGUUUGAUGUUCUUUAUAGCGAGGCCCUGGGAAGGGCCAGCGUGGUGCCCCUGCCGUACGAGAGGCUGCUCAGGGAGCCGGGGCUGCUGGCCGUGCAGGGGCUGCCCGAGGGCCUGGCCUUCCGGAGGCCAGCCGACUACGACCCCAAGGCCCUCAUGGCCAUCCUGGAGCACAGCCACCGAAUCCGCUUCAAGCUCAAGAGGCCGCUUGAGGAUGGCGGGCGGGACUCAAAGGCCUUAGUGGAGCUGAACGGCGUCUCCCUGAUAGCCAAGGGGUCUCGGGACUGCGGCCUGCAUGGCCAGGCCCCCAAGGGGCCACCCCAGGACCUACCCCCCACCGCCACCACCUCCUCUGUGGCCAGCUUCCUGUACAGCAGCGCACUCCCUAACCACACCACGAGAGAGCUCAAGCAGGAGGCGCCCGCCUGCCCGCUUGCCCCCAGCGACCUGGGCCUUGGCCGGCCCGGGCCUGAGCCCAAGGCCUCUGGUGCCCAGGACUUCCCCGACUGCUGUGGACAGAAGCCCCCCGGGCCUGGUGGUCCUCUCAUCCAGAAUGUCCACGCCUCGAAGCGCAUCCUCUUCUCCAUCGUCCAUGACAAGUCAGAGAAGUGGGACGCCUUCAUAAAGGAAACCGAGGACAUCAACACGCUCCGGGAGUGCGUGCAGAUCCUGUUUAACAGCAGAUAUGCGGAAGCCCUGGGCCUGGACCACAUGGUCCCCGUCCCCUACAGGAAGAUUGCCUGCGACCCAGAGGCCGUGGAAAUUGUGGGCAUCCCCGACAAGAUCCCCUUCAAGCGCCCCUGCACGUAUGGGGUCCCCAAGCUGAAGCGGAUCCUGGAGGAGCGACAUAGCAUCCACUUCAUCAUUAAGAGGCAGCCUGGCGCAGGCCAGGAACAGGUCCUGAGCAGAGAUGCCUCCUGGGAGAAGGAACAUGGGCCCCAGCGCCGGAGGAGGCCAGGGAUCCGGGAGGAUUACAGGAUGUCUGUCCCGACCUCACGGCCCCGUGGGCUUCGACCCAUCAUGGCCUGUGUCUCAGUGACAGGUACGGGGACCGACCCUGCUCCCAAGAAGCUCCGUGUUGACUGCAACGAGCCAGGCCUGUCACCACAUCGUAGCCAUCUCACGAUCCUGUCUGGGACCGGGGACAGCGCCCUGUAUCCCUCUGUCCCCAAGUGCUCCCUGCAGGAGCUGGCGGGGGAGCAGACGGGCACCGGCCGGGAGUGUGGCAGGCCUGGGGUCCACCUGUUCCACCGCUUUCCAGCUCCGCUGCACGUCGUGAAGGCGUUGAAAAUCCCCGAUGCCUUCCUUCCUCCAAACCCUGGCAAUAAUGGGCUGCUGCUCAGGGAGGCCCCGCGACCCGAGCUGCUCACCGAGGGAGUCAAAGAGCCCAUCGCGGACAGCCAAGAGAGGGAUUCCGGGGACCCUCUUGUGGACGAGAGCCUGAAGAGACAGGGUUUUCAAGAAAACUACGACGCUCGACUCUCGCGCAUCGACAUCGCCAACACGCUGCGGGAGCAAGUCCAGGACCUGUUCAAUAAGAAAUACGGAGAAGCCCUGGGCAUCAAGUACCCGGUCCAGGUCCCCUACAAGCGGAUCAAGAGUAACCCCGGCUCGGUGAUCAUCGAGGGGCUCCCCCCGGGAAUCCCCUUCCGAAAGCCCUGCACCUUUGGCUCCCAGAACCUGGAGAGGAUUCUUGCAGUGGCUGACAAGAUCAAGUUCACGGUCACCAGGCCUUUUCAAGGACUCAUCCCAAAGCCUGAUGAAGAUGACGCCAACAGACUAGGGGAGAAGGUGAUCCUCCGCGAGCAGGUGAAGGAGCUCUUCAAUGAGAAAUACGGUGAGGCUCUGGGCCUGAACCGGCCUGUGCUGGUCCCUUACAAACUGAUCCGGGACAGCCCGGAUGCCGUCGAGGUCACAGGCCUGCCCGACGACAUCCCUUUCCGGAACCCCAACACAUACGACAUCCACCGGCUGGAGAAGAUCCUGAAGGCCCGAGAGCACGUCCGCAUGGUUAUCAUCAACCAGCUCCAACCGUUUGCAGAAAUCUGCAAUGACGCCAAGGUGCCAGGUAAGGCGGAGUCUGUUCCACGCAGGAGGAAGAAGGCAGGCACAAGGGGACAGGCACGUACCGGCUGA